AUGAAUGCGUCGGCAUUGUCGUCCUCGAAGAAUACUCGUACCUGGAUUUUACUAGCCAUUGCCACCGCCUCUGCGGCAGCUACUGUUUGGAUUAUAAGGAAACGGCGGAGACAUGAAACAGCGGAAGAAUGCCGAAUAACGAAAAAGGCCAAGAAUUUGGAUUUCCAUGGAGAUACCAACCAGCACCCAGGUGUCGCUGGAGCUAGGAGGACGAUUGCUCUGCCUACCCACAUGGAACGAGAGCUGUACAAGGAGAGUCGCCGGAAACGAAUGAUCCCCAAACUUGCCAUGAAAAAACCUAUGUACGAUAACAUUCGCAUGUGUGAUCCCGAUGGGAUAUUGCUGUCGUCGAUUUCGCUCAAAAAGGCCAGGUGGUACGUGAAGAAAAAUCUAGCAUCAUGGAUAUCCGAUGAUUGUAUACAAUUAAACUUUCAACCAAAGAAAGGUUUGACACGGCAUGAUCAAAAUCAACAAGAGCACCGCAAAAUCUACAAUCAAAACUUCAAAAUCAAUCAGUGCGUGGUGUGCGGCGCCGACGAACGGUACAUGCGGCACUAUGUGGUACCUUACGUGUACCGCUCCCAGUUUCCGUCCGCAUACAAAACCCAUCUGCCACACGAUGUGGUCCUACUGUGUCCCGAGUGCCACGUAACGGUGGAGAAGGCAUCGCAACGGCGGAUGCGGAAUUUGGAGCAAGCCCUACGGCAACAGCUUUCUGUUGAUCCCAAGUUGACAUCGCAACCGUUCUUUGUCGAUCCUCGCUUGCACAAGGUUCAGAGCAGUGCCUUUGCGUUGUUGCGGUGGAAACACACUCUUCCCGAGAGUCGUGUUGCGGAAUACGAGAGCUUACUGAGGGAAUGGUGGGACUUGUCGGCUGACGAAAGUCUGACGGUCGACCAUUUGGAACGGGCGGGGGCAGUCGAUGACAAAAUCGUAAACGUGCAAUACGUGCCAGGCUCCGAUUUGGUUAUUGAUUCACUGGGCAAGGACGACCCCGAACGUAUUGCUACAUUUGUCCGUGGCUGGCGACGGCAUUUUCAAGCCACCCAUCGACCUCGUUUUUUACCAACAGGCUGGAAUAUUGACAGUCCCGUCGUUUCCGAUGUCCGUCCGAGUACAGAUCUGGCAAGCGGAGUAUGA